CAGAUGUGAUGAGUGUGUGUGGAGGGAAAUUUCAUCACAAAUAAAAGACACAGAAAAGAACUGUUGAGAAUGAUGGAAGAAUUUCAGAACAGCAUAUGUGCAUUCACUCUGACCAUCAAAGUCUGGUGCUAGCCAGAAUUCAAAGAAUUGACUGAGCAUUUAGUUUUUCUGCAACUGUAUUUGAAAGGAGGAAAUAUGUCCAGCACACUUUGUGUUGAAGAUACAGCAGUCAAGGAGCCCAAUAUUACUCAAAAUGAUGAAAGUGACACAUUUGUUGAAGAGGAAAUGCCUGACGAAGCUUCUUCCGUGCAAUUACUUGAAAAACCAGCUCAUAAAAGCUCAAGAGAAACACACAAAAAACGAAAGGGAAAAGACCAAGUCGAUAAUGGUUUUAUAGAAUGGAUGAAGAUGAAAAAAUCUGCUAAUAAAAGUGACCAAGAUGCUGAACAUCAGUUCCUUCUUUCUCUUUUACCUGAUCUGAAAAACCUUAGCAUGCAUCAGAGGAGGAUUUUCAAAAUACAAACAAUGUCUCUUUUACAUAAGUUGUUGGAAGAGGACGAAUGAGAGAAUGUGGAAUCCAGUGUUUCAGUUGGUUACAGUCCUUCUACUUAGAGUUCGUCAUCCCAUCAUGACAUCUUACAAACUCAGUAUAACGUGAGCAAUAUUGCAACAA